AUGGCCAGCCUGCAGGCUCCGCUCCUGGUGGCCCUCAUCCUCCUCUCGGUGGCUCUACAGGCAACGGAUGCAGGCCCCUAUGGCGCCAACGUGGAAGACAGCAUCUGCUGCCGGGACUACAUCCGCCUCCCGCUGCCCCAGCGUCUGGUGAAGAGUUUCUACUGGACCUCAGACUCCUGCCGCAGGCCKGGUGUCGUCUUGCAAACCAUCAGGGACCGGGAGAUCUGUGCCAACCCCAAACUGCCCUGGGUGAAGAGGAUCAUUCAGAAGUUACAAGAGUGA